CACCAGAACUCAGUGCACGUCUCUCGAGUGGAGUGAGGACCACAUGGUCGCAGGUGACGACCACGGCAAUAUCACUCUGUGGCGCACAGGCAUGGCUAAGCCACAGGUGAUUCACACGCAACACGCCAACGUGGUAAACCUGGUUUUCAUGCCGAUGUCCGGGUUUGCGCGGUUUUUGGUGCUGUUUGGCGACGGUAUUGAACUGUGGGAUGCGCAGAGUGGUACUAAGUUGUCGGCGGUGGUUGGUAGGAAGCCGGGAGGGGCCAAGGAGAGGCUGGUUAUGAAGAAUGUCGAGUGGAUUG